AUGGGUACUAGUAUGUAUGCGUCCGUGCAUACGUCGCCAGAAAAUAACAUUUCAAAGUCUAACGUUCAACGAACUGACUAUUCAGUUGAAAGCCAACAAGAAAUCUUAAGAAAAAGACGUCGUACUAAGGAUGUUGAAAAAUAUUGUGCUUGGGGCAAAAAAAUUGAACAAUUCUUGCUUUCAGAUGAACCAAAUUUAGAUCUGGGUAUUGAGAAACCUGUUGUUGAAAAUGAAGAAUUCUCAAUAUUUUAUAAGGCAUCACUAAGAAAUCUUGAAUUAUUGUAUGGAGCACAAAUUGAUGGAUUAUUGACCUCUAUGUCAACAUGUAAAGUCCCCACUACCAAAGAUUAUGAUACUAAUAUAAGUAAUUUGGAAAGUAAUAAUUUUGUGGAACUUAAAACAAAUAGAGAAAUAUUUAAUUAUAAACAAGAAAGAAAUUUUAAGCGCUAUAAAUUAUUAAAGUGUUGGUGUCAGUGCUACUUAGCUAAUUUAAAAGGAUUAUAUGUAGGCUAUCGGAAUAGUCUAGGCAUAGUCCAAAGACUGCAAUGGUUUAACACUGAAGAUAUAUCCACAUACUGUAAGAAUGAAUGGAAUCCUCAAGUGGCUAUAAAUUAUUUACAUUAUUUUUUAAUUCAAAUUAAAAAUGGCUUUAAAGUAUACAAACAAAAAGAACCAAUAACUCUUAGGUUUUACCUGAAUUUAGAUGGUAAAAUAACAGUUUCUCACUUUGGUUCGGCUAUACCCGCGGCUGCUUGGGAACGAGACGCCGAAGAAGAAGACGGUCAUGUAGUUGAGUGGACACGGAAC